UUACACUGGCAAACUCAGAUUCUUUAAUCUAAAUGCUUGUGCACUGACUGAGAAAAACAUAAUUUGAGUGCUAUUUAGCGAAGCACUUUUGCCUGCUUAUUAGAGUGAAGGUCAUGAAGGGACAACACGAAGGUACACCCAAGCGACAUCAGACGCGAUUUGAAGCACAACUGCCAACAAGCGGAUGUUCAUGUUUGAUGAGUAAGCUCGUAGGAGACGUGAGGAUGGAUUCCGAGGAUAAAGGCCCCAAUUUACAGGUGUCGCCCAGACCUAAACUAAGGUCGUGUUCAAUGAAGAAGCCAAGGCGACCCAUGAUCGAUGAACUGGACGAGAUGCGCCCGAGAACAAGUAGUUUGCCAACCAGGAACAGUUACAAGAGAAGACAGUACCUGUCCCCAACUGUGUCCACGGAAGGGGAACUCUAUAGGGUCAGGUCUUUUGAAACUACAUCAAAAGGCAUCAUAAACCGAGGCGACUCAUUCAAAUCCAAAAGCAGCAACAGUAUUGUGUCUUCUGGCAGCAGUACGACUGACCAGGGCCGACUGUCUCGCUCCCCGAGUGUAAACUCUCAGGGCAGCACGGAGGCAAGUCUGGACUCUGCUGGAUGCCAGGUGUUCAGGGUGUGCGUCCUUGGCUCUCCAGGGGUAGGGAAAACAGCACUCAUGCAGCAGUUCAUGACAUCAGAAUAUAUAGGUGGAUUUGACACAAGUCUAGAUGGCGAGCCAGAGAAAGUUGUAACUGUUCUGUUGGACGGAGAGGAGAGUGACUUGUCGUGUUACAGAAAAGGAUUUUCCAGUGACGAAUGCCACAAUUGUGCACGUAAACAAGGCCAUGAAGAGUUCGUGGUGGAAAGUGCCGACAGCUACGUUGUUAUCUAUUCAAUCACUAGCCGGUCCUCGUUUGAUUACGCCGUUGAUAUCCUCUAUAAGCUGAGGAAACAAGACCAUACGUCCGCCUCAAUCAUCAUCGUGGCCAAUAAGAGUGACUUGGUGAGGACGCGUAUCAUAAGCACGGAAGAAGGCAAAUCCGUGGCCAAAACGUAUGAUUGUAAAAUCAUUGAGACGUCGGCCGUGCUGAACCAUCACGUGGAUGAAUUGUUAGUGGGCAUUCUAAGUCAGCUCCGGCUGAAACACGACCACCGACCGAAAAGCCCCAAAGAGGUUUCAUGCUACAAACAUGGAGCCAAAGGCCUCAUAGAAAAAAUCUUUCGCAAAGAGAAGUCUGACUCAAAAAUCCUGUGAAAACCUGUACGUACCCUGAGGUAAAAAAGACGCCAUUUUUGUUUGCGAAAUAUUUUUAAUUGGGCUCAUUGAAAUUCAUAAAAUGGUACUGAAAAAUGUUUCACAAUUUUAUAUGUAUCUUCAAUCAUUGUUGUUCUCAUUUAAAUACUGUUAAUGGAUAAUGCUAACUUUACUGCAGAAAGUGUAUAUUUCGGCAAACUUUACUAUGUACAAUUCAUCCUCAUGUGUAAAUAGUCGCGACGAGGCAAUGCUCAAGUCAAAGCCUUACCCUUGUUUUCAGAUAAAUAAGAUGUAUUCAUAUUAAUUGAUGUCACGCCAUUAUUCCGCAUCUCGUCUCUUAGGAACUACAUAUACUUCCCGACCAAUGCCAGAAAAAUAUGUUUAUUGUUCUAUAAAUAUUUCACAAAGUGCAAUUACUUCAGCUUCGAUGGAACAACCAUCACGUCAUUUGACUUUUAUCAUAUAAUGACACGCACGUUCCCAGUGAGUUUAAAUUCUGACUUAUGGGAUAUGUGGCAUUGGCCUCUGUUAACCAGUGAAAAUUUAAAAUUCCUGUAAGGUCUAAAAGGGUUUAAUUCUCACAAAGCAGAGACAUUGCGUCUGGAGUUAAAGGUUCUCAAGUGUCAAGUUGUGAUCAGGUUAACGCUUCUAGUAAAUCAGAUAAAGUCGGCUACUCCCUGAUUCACGUAUUAGCUAUUUAGCCAUGAUUCAGAAUGUCUUUUCAGUAUAAGCUGAUGACAAACAAUUAUCACCACAUUGAUAUUUUUAAUAUCAUUUUGAAUAUACGUUUGUUUCUGAGGGACUAAAACUAUACAGCAUAGCUUGGUUGUAUCUUUGUAGUAAUGACGCACGCUCUUCCCAUUUCGCCCUGUUUGUCUUUUUAGUUUUCCCGUGCCUUGAAAUUACGCCUCACUUCACAAGUCAACGCGACUAGUACUCAGUCGAACAACCAUCGCGUCAGUUACAAUAAUGGAAGCACAUUUAAAGAAUGUUCCUAUGCUGCUUCCUGGUGUAUAAAUUUCCAUUUAUUACACAUUUAUAAUGGUUUAUAUAUAUAUAUUUUUUUUGAUUGGUGUUUUACGCCGUACUCAAGAAUAUUUCACUUAUACGACGGCGGCCGGCAUUAUGGUGGGUGAAACCCGGGCAGAGCCCGGGGGAAACCCACGACCAUCCGCAGGCUGCUGACAGACCUUCCCACAUACGGCCGGAGAGUAGGCCAGCAUGAGCUGGACUUGAACUCACAGCGACCGCAUUGAUGAGAGACCCCUGGGUCAUUACGCUGCGCUAGCGCGCUAACCAACGGGUCACGGAGGCCACUAUAAUCGUUUAUGCCUUAGCAGUUAAACCCUAUUGAAGUGCUGAUUUAGUUAGAAUAUGCUCUUCUCAUCAGAUUGGAGAGAAAUAAAACUGUUGGUUGUUCAGUUGUCAGACUAUAGUCAUUGCAAUCUUAUUCCUGGAGCAACUCUUGCGCGAUCAAAUGUAAAAGGUAGAUAACCAACAAUCACUGCAUUGUUCACUGGUGGCAAGGCUUCGACAUUUGCAAUAUAUUGUCCUUUUGCCUUUCUUACUAUUCAUGUAUUUUUCACGAAAUGUUUUUGAUAUAAUAUUUGAAUAGCCUUUGAUCCUCAUCAGUCAGUAAGACCAUUUUGCCUUUCUGACAGUGCACAGGAAUCUGUCUUUCAAGUGACGCGACGAUGUUCCAUAUUAUUGCUAAAUUAUCAGCUAUGUUGAGCCCUCAAGACCAGACACAGGAUUAGGUGCUGAUUACCAACCGAGCCUUUGUGACAUAUGGAAAAGGCUCUUUGCUGUGUCUUGUACAGAUUCAAUUCGUGCUCUAUAACACCUGCUGUUUUAUUUGCAUUCGCUCAUUAUUCCGUUGAUUUGUGUUUUCCGUUGUACUCAAGAAUGUUUGAGUUAUCGGACGGCGGUUAGCAUUGUGGCGGGAGAAAACCCACGACUAUCCGGAUGUUGGUUUACCUUUAACUUUAAACAUUUUUACGUUUAUAUAUAACCGUCACACUGAAGAGACAUGCAUAUGGAUGUUAAUAUGGGCUUUUUAUUUACAUAUACAAUUCGCCUCAAAACUGUAAAUAUGUGUAACAAAUUAUGUGUGUGUUUAUACACAACCUCGAUGGAUGCUCCAUAUACAAUCACCUGUGCAUCUACAAACAGUGCUGUUUUUCUGCACAUGCAGCUAUCAACCUGUAUGUAUAUAUACAUAUGUACAUGUAUCACGAAUGCUGUUCAUAUUUACAUCCAGCCUUCACACAGGCUAAGGUCCAGCUAAGUGUACGGAAAGUGUGAAGGGUGCAUGCACGGGUUGGACUCGUUGUUAACUGUUAUUUGACAUGUAUUGUUUGUUAUUAUCACAUUGUUGAGCGCUGACAUAUAUUUUUGUUUUCGUCGGAUUAACAUUAUAAAUUGGGGUGAACUGGGGCGAAUUGGGGCACUGAGACUGGGUGCUUUACUUUUGUCUAUACAUUUGUACAAAGA